UAUUACUAACCACAAUUAAGCCUUGUUGAGUGAAAAGAAGAGAAGAGAGAGGAAAAACAAGAAAAGCAUUUUAAUUAAUAGAAAGCGCGGUGCAAAAAGUAAGCUGUUAUUUGCUGAGUCGGGGAAGUGCUACUACUAAGCAUAAAAGAACUCGUCAAUUUAACUCGGAAUUAUGAGUGCGUCAAGUGAAGGUGGCGCGGGAGGAGGACCGGUGGGUGGUGGAAGUACAGCUGCAGCCCCAUCAGCACCCCUGAAAACCAUUAAGAUACGCACCCAACCACUGCAUCCCCAUGCACUGCCAUCGCUGUCAUUGCUGCCAUCUUUAUAUCCAUCAUCAUCAUCAUUGGCAGCCACUGGAUCUAUAUCCGCAACAGCCACCGCAUCUGCAUCCGCAUCCGCAUCCCUGGUAUCGCACUCACAUCCGCCCCUGCAGCUGCGCGGCGUCAUAAACAAGUACUCAUUGCCAUCCCAUUUGCCAUCCUCUGCAGCGCACUCGGCGGUGGCCGCCAAGAUCACCCACGUGAAAUCCGACGGCAGCGGUGGGAUAUCGAUAUCUGGCACUCCGAUCCUCAGCGGUGGCACCAUCAAGGUCGCAGCAGCCAAUCCCGUUCAGCAAACAUCCUUGGGCGGCACACCCAUAUCUCUGAAUGCGGGCCAAGCCACGACGGCGGCUUCGAUACGGGCCAUCGGUGCCGGAGGUCAGUCGACGCAAGUCCGAGUGGUGAUGCCCAUGAUCAAGCAGCUGGAGAACGUAACGGCCACGGGAAGGACUCAGAUUACGGCCAUACCAGCUGCUCCGGCGCGGAGUGGGGCGAAUGCAUCGAUAACGGUCACCAGGCCAGUAACCCAAGCCACCUAUCUGCCGCGAGCCAGUGUAACGGCCACCCAGAUGGGUGGUGUUGGCGUGGGCGUUGGACAGCGCCUCGUGACGCCUCUAAGAGCCACAUCCUCGGCCACCGUAACGCCCACUGCACCCACGGUGCUCAGUUCAACGGGAGGAUUUGUGCGCGGAGCAACGGCAUCGGUUAGCAGGAGUGGCGUGGCGUUAUCAUCGCAACCGCCGUCAGCGGUGAUCUCGUCCAGCAAUAGUGCUGCCUGGAUGCAGAGUUCCGGCGGGCAGGUGCAGCUGAUCCGUACCAUUCCCCAGGCACGCCAGAGGAUUAUAACCACAUCGGCGGGGGUUUCUAAUGCCAGUGUGGUGACCACUACGCCCGUGCAGGCGCAAACAGCUUUAUCUGUUUCGACUGGCCAGCCUUUGACGUCACAACAGAAUGCGGGUCCUGGCGGAGGUCCACAGGCCUAUGUUGCCACUGUGUUGCCCCAAAGGCAGCACCAAGCCACGCUCGUCUACUCCUCGAAUGUGUCCACGCCCAAUGUGAGUCAGAAUCCCGGGCAGCAAUUCAAUCCUCGCUUUGCCGUGGCCACGCCCACGGGUGGAGUAACUACCACGACUCCCGGCGGCACUACAGUGACACCUCGACAGGUGCGGCCCAUUCCGCCGGGCAAGAUUUUCCCAGGCGGCAAACUGAACACCACGAGCAUUAGUCUCCGCGCUCCGCCGACCAUCCCUCAGCUGAAUGCCAGCGUUUCGGCUUCGCCGACGCCAGUGAGUGUUUCUGGCGGAGCAACAGUGGCUCCCGGGCGGGGUCCCGGGGCCGGAGGAACUGCUCUGACGGCCACCAAUCUGCCCACAACACGGAUCAUCCAACUGCAGCAGCCGGCGACGGGAACGACGCAGCAGAUUAUCGGAGGCGCCGCUCGACUGGCCGGGAAUGUUAUGCUGCAGCCCUUCCUGAUGAGCACCACCGCAGCAGCUAAGAUGGGCAUUCGACCACCGGUAACCAUGACCGCCAAAGUCCAACCAUCGCUAACUAUCACGCAGCUCAAUCCCAUUGGAAAAUUGUCGACCACCGGAGGAAGCGGAACGCCCACAAUGACGCCACAGGGCGUGGCCAGCAUCCAGGCGGUACCAGUGCCGAAUGUUUCGGCCAGUGUGGUGAAUCCUAGUUCGGUUGCUGGGGCCACAUCGGCAGCUGGAGGAGCCACCGUUCUGCCGCUGACCAUCAGCGGAAGAGGCGGAGCCGUGGGACCGGGUGGUAACAUCCUGACGGGCACCCUGACGCCCAUCAAGAAUGCCAGUGGCAUUACACUGGGCAAGAUGAUGAUGACUCCGGCUACAGCGGCGCCUGGAACAGAUGCAUCCGGCACGAGCGGAGCAACAGUGACGGGUUUCCAACGCACAUGGAACCCGGUGGUGGCUUCACAAAGCCAGUUGAUGAAGAUCGAUGAAAAGGGAAGUGCUGCCACAAUCUACUACGAAUCCAUGCCGGCCUCCGCCUCCACGGGCGUUCUAUCAUUGACCACGACUACGGUGACGCAAAGCACCCAGGCCCAGGCGCAAUUGGUUAGCAGUGCCGGUGGAAGUAGCUUGUCGGUGUCUUCGCUGCCGUUUGCCAGUCACACGCCAACCGGAGCGGGAUCCACUGGAUCCGGAUCGCAGGCCACUUUCACUGUGCUGCCCUCAGGUGCCGCAGGUGCGGCUACUCGAACCAUAGGGCACCAGCAAUUGAUAAUACCAGCAGGACCGAACAGUGCGCCGCCACAGCACAUGGUUAUUCCGCUGCACACAUCCGUGAAGGUGACAACGGGGGCGGGCAACCCGCAACAGGCGGCAGGAAGUGGAGCACUGCUGCCCAGCUUCAUGCGCAAGCGAGAUGCAGACGGAUCGCCCAUUCGAGCAGCCAAGAACCUUGGACCCACUUUGCUCUCGAUGGCUAGCAACACCAGUGGUCCUAAUAUGCAGCCAGCUCCAGGCACCACCUUCAAUAUCCAGCCAGUAUCCGUGGCGGUGCCGCCAUCUGUGAGCUCUGGACUCACCGUUGAAGCUUUGGCCAAGAAAGACAGAGAGCGCGUAACCCAUGGAGCGGCAAGCAGCGCAGCAAGUGUGCCAGCUACAGUUAGCACCGUAUCCUCAACGAGGAAUUCGCGGGCGGACUCGCCAGCUUCAUCGGACGGCUCGACGACAGUAUCAGCGAACUCCUCGCCUGGUGUGGAUCAGCAGUUGGACAGAAUUGGUGAACCGCCUGCAACUGGAGGUGCAAGUGGACGGGAUAAUUCCACGCAUUUCAAUCCGAUCAAUGAGAUGUACUCUUCGCACCAAUCGAUGCAGCAGAACGUUGGUCACUCGACACUUGGAGCCCGCAGUGGCAACAGUGCCUUUGUGGAUGUUCAGGCACCGACGCCACAGCAACAGCAUCCCCAGCAGCAGGCGCCGCAUCUGGUGGGUUCGACGCAAUUACAACAGCAGGCGGGAACGCGUAUGAAUGGCACUGGCAACAGUUCCAGUUCCAGCUACGAUUGCUCCUCCCGAAAGAAGCCGCGACGAUCAACAAAUGACAGCCAGCACUCCACGCAAAGUGCGGCAUCUUUGUCGCUGCCUCCUCCAAGUGCAGAACCAACGCCGCCGGCUGGCGCUUCCUAUAUGCAGAAACACAACAAUGGAGGUCUGCUGGUGACAGCGGCGACACCAGGAGUGGCACCAAACAGUACUCCUGGCGAUGCCAACCAUCGGAACACUACACCCGCUGUGACGGGCAACAAGGAGAACGCCAAUCCAGUAGACUUUGUUAUACGACGACCACGCAAUUGUGCGCUGCUUAAUACCUACAAACCCACUCAUAAGUUGGCCAACAAUCAUUUCCAUCGGUAUACGGAUGUGAAGCCAAGGGAGGAGCGACGGGCCACAGUUAUUGAUUUGGCAAAUCAGCCAAAUGUCCAGGGCAAGAUCAAUGGAUGGAAAAUCUACCAUUUACGCUCGCAAAUGGAGGACUUGAAUGAAUCGGAGGUUUUUAGUAUGGGAAAGCUAGAAACCAUGCUACAAGAUUUGGAAAAGGACAAGGAGAAGCACAGCGAAAUGGAGCGUGUCACUGAACUGCUGAAGGGAAACAUUCAGCGCAGCAAGAUAAUUACCGAUGGCAUCAACGAGGCGCAAAAUCAGUUGAUGAAGAUCUUUGAGCACAAGCCUCAUGUCUCAGAUAUUAUCAACCGAUGCGCCUCAAAGCGGAAUUUUAAGAAACGUGAAAAGAUUUAAAAUCGUUUGACAGAAGGAAGCCCAGCCAAGUGUAUUGAUAUAGUGUACAUUGUCUAAGUUAAGCAGAUUCUAAUUAAGCUAAUUACCUUAAACGCAAUCAAUUUGUAAGACGUAACAUUUACAAAGAAAAAAGCAAUAUUUUUUCAUUUUCUUAAGUCAAAAAACGUAAAUACAAAGCCCUCAAGUUGUAUUAAGAA